UAGCCUGCUAAACAAGUGUCCAGCUUCCACAAUGCCUGUGCAGGCAGCUCAGUGGACAGAAUUUCUGUCCUGCCCAAUCUGCUACAACGAGUUUGAUGAGAAUGUGCACAAACCCAUCAGCUUAGGUUGCUCUCACACUGUCUGUAAGACCUGCCUGAACAAGCUUCAUCGCAAGGCAUGUCCUUUCGACCAGACUGCCAUCAAUACAGACAUCGAUGUGCUUCCUGUAAACUUUGCACUCCUCCAGUUAGUUGGAGCCCAGGUACCUGAUCAUCAGACAGUAAAGUUGAGUAAUGUAGGAGAGAACAAACAUUAUGAAGUAGCAAAGAAAUGUGUUGAGGAUUUGGCACUCUACUUGAAGCCAUUAAGUGGAGGAAAAGGUGUUGCAAGCUUGAACCAGAGUGCACUAAGCCGUCCAAUGCAAAGGAAGCUUGUGACGCUGGUGAAUUGUCAGCUGGUGGAGGAAGAGGGUCGGGUUAGAGCUAUGAGGGCAGCUCGAUCACUGGGAGAGAGGACUGUUACAGAAUUGAUCUUGCAGCACCAAAAUCCUCAGCAGCUUUCUGCCAAUCUUUGGGCUGCUGUCAGGGCACGAGGAUGCCAGUUUCUAGGACCAGCUAUGCAAGAGGAGGCACUGAAACUUGUAUUACUGGCACUGGAAGAUGGCUCUGCACUCUCAAGAAAAGUUCUGGUACUUUUUGUUGUGCAAAGGCUGGAACCAAGAUUUCCUCAGGCCUCUAAAACAAGCAUUGGUCACGUUGUGCAGCUACUGUAUAGGGCAUCAUGCUUUAAGGUCACUAAAAGGGAUGAAGAUUCUUCUCUGAUGCAACUUAAAGAAGAGUUUCGGAGUUAUGAGGCUUUGCGGAGAGAACAUGAUGCCCAAAUUGUUCACAUUGCCAUGGAAGCAGGACUUCGAAUUUCACCAGAACAGUGGUCUUCCCUUCUUUAUGGUGACUUGGCGCAUAAAUCACACAUGCAAUCCAUUAUUGACAAGCUCCAAUCUCCCGAAUCUUUUGCAAAGAGUGUACAAGAAUUGACAAUUGUCUUGCAGCGCACGGGGGAUCCUGCAAACUUAAACAGGCUGAGGCCUCAUUUAGAGCUCCUGGCAAACAUAGAUCCAAAUCCAGAUGCAGCAUCUCCAACGUGGGAGCAGCUGGAAAAUGCAAUGGUUGCUGUAAAGACUGUGGUACAUGGGCUGGUGGAUUUCAUUCAGAAUUACAGUAGAAAAGGCCAUGAAACUCCACAGCCACAACCAAAUAGCAAAUAUAAAACAAGUAUGUGCCGAGACCUUCGACAGCAAGGGGGAUGUCCAAGGGGAACAAACUGUACAUUUGCUCAUUCUCAGGAAGAGCUUGAAAAAUAUCGCUUGAGGAACAAAAAAAUCAGUGCAACAGUGAGAACAUUCCCCCUUCUAAAUAAAGUUGGCGUAAAUAGCACUGUCUCAACCACAACAGGAAACGUAAUUUCUGUCAUAGGAAGCCCUGAAACAACAGGGAAGAUGGUGCCAAGUACUAAUGGAAUAGCUAAUCUAGAAAGUGGUGUUCCUCAGUUGAUCCCUCGCUGUGCGGACACCUCCUUAAGAGCUUUGGAGAACACCAAGAAGGGAGGGAAGUCUGGAGCCAAUGGACAGAAUGUUUCAGGAUCACCUACAGAAUCACUACCUGAAAAUAAAAUUGGUUCUCCACCCAAGACUCCUGUAAGCCAGGCAGCAGCUACCUCAGCUGGUCCUCCUAGUAUUGGAACAGAAGUUAAUUCUGUGCCUCCAAAAUCCAGCCCGUUUGUUCCCAGAGUACCUGUCUACCCUCCGCAUUCUGAUAAUGUUCAAUAUUUCCAAGAUCCCAGGACUCAGCUGUCAUAUGAAGUUCCACAGUACCCACAGACAGGAUACUAUCCACCACCUCCAACAGUACCAGCUGGUGUGGCUCCCUGUGUUCCUCGCUUUGUGAGGUCCAAUAACGUUCCAGAAUCCUCCCUCCCACCUGCUUCCGUGCCAUAUGCCGAUCAUUACAGUACAUUUCCCCCUCGAGAUCGACUGAAUUCUCCUUACCAACCUCCUCCUCCGCAGCCGUAUGGACCAGUUCCUCCAGUCCCUUCUGGAAUGUAUGCUCCAGUUUAUGACAGCAGGCGCAUCUGGCGCCCACAGAUGUACCCACGAGAUGAUAUUAUUAGGAGCAAUUCUUUACCUCCCAUGGAUGUGAUGCACUCAUCUGUCUAUCAGACAUCAUUACGUGAGAGAUACAACUCUUUGGAUGGGUAUUACUCUGUGGCUUGUCAACCUCCAAACGAACAGAGGACUGUGCCUUUACCAAGGGAGCCUUGUGGUCAUUUGAAGACUGGUUAUGAUGAGCAGUUAAGACGGAAGCCAGAGCAAUGGGCGCAGUACCACACGCAGAAAACUCCUCUGGUAUCGUCAACUCUUCCUGUGGCAACACCAUCUCCAACACCACCUUCUCCUCUCUUCAGUGUAGAUUUCAGCACAGAGUUCUCAGAGAGUGUCAGUGAUUUGAGUGGAACUAAAUUUGAGGAAGACCAUCUGUCUCACUAUUCACCGUGGUCUUGUGGCACUAUUGGCUCUUGUAUAAAUGCUAUCGACUCAGAGCCCAAGGAUGUGAUUGCCAAUUCAAAUGCCGUGUUAAUGGAUUUGGACAGUGGGGAUGUUAAAAGGAGAGUGCAUUUAUUUGAAACCCAGAGAAGGGCAAAGGAAGAAGAUCCUAUAAUCCCAUUUAGCGAUGGACCGAUCAUCUCCAAGUGGGGUGCAAUCUCCAGGUCAUCCCGCACGGGUUAUCACACGACAGAUCCUAUUCAAGCCACUGCUUCCCAAGGAAGUGCUACGAAGCCCAUCAGUGUAUCAGAUUAUGUCCCUUAUGUCAAUGCUGUUGACUCAAGAUGGAGUGCCUAUGGCUCAGAUUCUACUUCAUCAGCACGUUACGCAGAACGGGACAGGUUCAUAGUUACAGAUUUGUCUGGUCACAGAAAGCAUUCCAGCACUGGAGAUCUAUUGACUAUUGAAUUGCAGCAGGCCAAAAGUAACUCAUUAUUACUUCAGAGAGAGGCGAAUGCACUAGCCAUGCAACAGAAGUGGAAUUCUCUAGAUGAAGGCAGUCGUCUUACCUUAAAUCUUUUAAGCAAGGAAAUUGAUUUGAGGAAUGGUGAGACUGAUUAUACUGAAGACUGUGCAGACACAAAGCCAGAUCGAGACAUUGAAUUGGAGCUGUCAGCCCUUGAUACAGAUGAACCUGAUGGGCAAGGUGAACAAAUAGAAGAGAUUCUGGAUAUACAGCUAGGUAUUAGUUCUCAAGAUGAUCAGCUGCUCAAUGGAACAACCGUAGAGAAUGGGCAUCCACUAAAGCAGCACCAGAAAGAAUCUAUGGAACAGAAGAGACAAAGUUUAGGUGAAGACCUUGUGAUUCUGGAGGAGCAGAAAACAAUCCUGCCCGUAACUUCUUGCUUCAGUCAGCCGAUCACAACAUCUGUUAGCAAUGCAAGCUGCCUGCCCAUCAGCACACCAGUCAGUGUUGGCAGCCUCAUUUUGAAAACUGCUCACAUUAUGUCUGAGGAUAAAAAUGACUUUUUAAAGCCUGUUGCAAAUGGCAGGAUGGUUAACAGCUGAAAGGCAGUCAUCUUUCCAGCUUGUGACCACACCAUGGAAGCAUUUACACUAGCUUUUUAUAUAUAUAAUAU